CUUUGUAACAGCUUCACUGUCCUCACUCAUCGCCAUUUUGAAUUGUUUCGUCCAUAUCUCUAUGGCAUCAUGUUCAAACAAUUGAUACCCGACUCUGGUCUUCCACAACCCCGGCGGCAGUACCGUCCCAAGAUUUCCUUAUCAAUCACGUUGAUCAUUUUGCUGGUUCUUGGUCUUCAGUUUCUCGUUCUACCGCGCUAUGUGUAUAAAAUAUCACCAAGUCAGCAAAGCCUGAAUAGUUUCCAUCUCGUAAAGCUCGAUGCUCGACUCGAACAAUGUCGUGAGAUUUUGACCCCACCUAUCAAAUACGGCGUGACCAGCGCUGGCUCACGUACCAACCCACGAUGGAACCCCUCAACUGGUCAAAAGGAGACUACUGUUCUUCAGAAUGCUACCUUGUUCGAUGGAGAGCAGAUUCUUACUGGCAAAUUUGAUAUCACGUUCAAGAAAGGACUUAUCGAAUCUGUCGUAACUGCGGGAUCGGCAUCUAUUGCUUCUGAUGCGAAGGUCAUGGAUUUAGAGGGAGGUUUUGUGACUCCUGGGUUGGUAGAUAUGCACUCGCAUCAUCUAGCGUUUGCGUGGCCAUUGUUGAGUUCUACGGAUGACACGAAUGAAGUCCAUGAUCGGACCGAGCCAAUCACUUCUCAAGUCAGGAUUAUUGAUUCUUUGAAGGCGUACGACCCUGGAACAGCUAUCAUUGCCUCUGGUGGCGUGACUACGUCUCUCAUCCUUCCCGGUUCUGCUAAUAUCAUGGGAGGUGAAGCUGUUCUGGUAAAGAAUAUGCUAAAUUCUGGAGAAGAUUCUGAGAUUGUCGUUGAAGACUUGCUACUUGAGCAUGGAAUCCCAAAGAGUGAGAGAAGGCGGUACAUGAAGAUGGCUUGUGGAGAGAAUCCAAGAAGAGUCUACCAUCAUACCCGAAUGGGAAAUGCUUGGUGGUUUAGAAAGCAUAUGGAAAGAGCCAAAGAGCUGAAAGAACGGCAGGAUGCUUUCUGUCUCGAAGCUGCUGCUGUGAGAAAUAAUGGAGAUACGGCUGCAAUGUCUGAGUUCAUGCAUCGACUUUCACAGGAAGAGAGUGCGACCGAAAUGCUGGAGUACGACUCAACUAUCGCGAUGCUCCGUGGAAAGAUGGGCAUCAACGUUCAUUGCUAUGAACCUGAGGACUUUGAAGAUAUGCUCAUGCACAGCAAGGAAUUUGGCUUCCGAAUCCAGGCAUUUCAUCAUGCUCUUGAAGCUUGGCAGGUCCCGGAGAUGAUCAAAGCAAGUGGCGAGAACAUCACUAUUGCAACAUUUGCCAGUUUCGCAUUGUAUAAGCAAGAGGCCUACAACGCUAACCUAUAUGCUGGAAAGAUACUCGCUGAUCAUGGAGUACCUGUCGCAUAUAAAUCUGAUCAUGUCGAGACCGAGACAAAUGCUAAAUUCCUACUUUUCCAAGCCGCAACCGCACAUUCUUUUGGAUUAGCACAAGACCUGGCACUCCAAUCAGUGACAAGUGUUCCUGCUGGGUCCAUGGAGAUUGACCAUCGUGUUGGCUACGUUAAACCUGGUUAUGAUGCCGAUAUUGUUCUCUGGGAUUCCCAUCCACUCUCAGUUGGAGCUACGCCGUUGCAAGUUUUUAUUGAUGGCAGAGCCACCCUAGAUCCUGAGAUAGUUGAAAGCAGUCGCACAGCAGUUCAAUCUUCAAACACAAGAAAAACCGCCACUCCGUCUAUUCGUGCAAAUCCAUCAGAUCAAAACAAGGACUCGCUUUGUACCGAAAUAGGAAAAUCGGCAGCCAAGAUAACAAUCCAAGGAAUUACCAAGUCGUAUUUGGAUAUUCCUUCUAUCGAGGCGAAUGGCGACAAAGGGUUGACAAUGGUCAUUGAAGGAGGCAGAAUUUCUUGCUUUGACACUGAAGAUCAAUGCUUGAGUGUUAGUGCUAACAGCACGGUCAUUCGCUUGAGAGACGCACAUGUUUUACCUGGACUUACUGCUGUCAGCGUUUCUCUUGGUCUUGGAGAAAUAGCGACGGAUGACAGUACUGGAGACGGCGCGGCUAGUUCAGGUGGUCUUGACCUCGAGAGUACUAUAUACGCGAAGUAUGGUGUACAUCUAGACGGCAAAUCAUUUGCCAGAGCAAGGAUUGGUGGAGUCACGAGGGCAAUUACUGCCCCAAAGUCGCGAGGUUUUCAAGGGGGAGUCAGCGUGGCAAUCAAAACGAGCGGCAAGAAGAACACAUUGAAUGGAGGUCUUGUCAAGGAUGAAGUUGCUUUGCAUUUCAAAGUCGGGUCAGCCUCUAAAAGCGACAAAUUGCCAACGAUUUCUUCAGCAGUUGCCAAGCUCCGACAGUUCUUGGCUGAAAGUAAAGCAAAGGACGACAUCUUCGGAAGAGCUGCCAACGGCUCUAUUCCCCUUGUGGUGCAUGUCGAGAACGAGUACGAUAUCAUGUCACUCAUAAAAAUCAAACAAGAAAGGCCUGCUCUAGAUUUGGUCAUCAUGGGCGGCGGUGGUGCUCAUCUUGUAGCGGAUGAAAUUGCGUCUGCGAACAUUUCCGUCAUUCUCACAGAAAAUCGUGGAGCGCCAGAUACAUUCGAGAAGAUCAACACCCUUCCAGGGCCGCCACUGAGCAAAAUGGCUGCUGAAGUCCUCGCCAACGCAGGCGUGAAAUUCGGCCUUGCUAUUGAAGGCGAGAGCGAUUCCCACAUUCAUAACCUUCCACUCGAAGCAGCGUGGGCUGCAAAAUAUGCUGGUUUGUCUAGUAACGAUGCCAUCAAUCUUGUCUCCCGCAAUAUCGAGCAGAUCCUAAGUUUGGAUGUCAAGGAAGACAGUCGAGAUUUCGUGAUCUAUGAGGGAAACCCGCUGGAAUUCGGUGCAAGCGUCGUGCUCUCGAUCGAUGGGGAUGACGGUAUGGUGGCAACGUGCUGGCCAGAGGCGACUUAGAUGUGCGGUGCAGUUGUCCACGUUCCUAAAUUCACUCGCACGUGGGGAUAAAUUGAGAUGCAUCGUUUGUGAUACCUCAUGUCCAUGUUGACCUGUCUGAAAUCAUUACGGCAAUGCCGAACUGAGAUGCACAAAAAGGAUUUCCGCUAGGAAUUUGUGAGAGAUGUAGACUUGGUGCUCGGGACGCGGCUCUCCGGAUUAGUCUCCUAGUAAAUCUAGGCAAUCCUCGACUCAGACCCUUGGACAGGACAAUCGUACUGAUAUCAUCGUUGAUUCAGCUCUGGCCCAGAGCUAUUCAGGUGUAGCAAGUGCAAAAACUGCUGUGAAGACAAAGUAAGCCGCGUUGACUAAGUUGCGGGGUAGUGCCAUGUAGCACAAGUCCGAGAGUCAACGGCGUCGACCGAAGAGAUACAAGUUUGGGCCCGAGAUUUAACAAUUCUGCAGCAGUUCGAAGGCAGCAUCGACAUCCG